GAGAGCUACGCGCGAGUAGUGAGUUUCGCCUCCAUCUAUAAACAACGGUGUAAUGGACGCCUCGAAGAGGCAGGAAUGGGGACUUCAUUUCGGACCCGAUGGCAAACGGGGAGGAAUUUCUAUCAUAUUUGACAAAUACAUAAAACAUGGUCACCGUUUGUUUGUCUUGUUUUAGGAAGACGUUGUUAAAAUAGCAGCGUAAGUCUGUUUUCUUGUUGAUUACAAGAGAAUCGUCGAGAGAGCUGACGAGCUAGCGUUAGCUAGCUACAUAGCCAGCUAGCUGCUUGGCUAACCUAACGUUAGGCCCUUUUGGGUUUUGUGACUUGUCAGUUUCACAACCCCACUUGACGUUUCAACUCGCUUUUCAACUUUCGAACUCAUUUCGACGGAUCGCACUCCGUAUGCCCUGGAAAGUUAUCGGGGAAAAAGGACAGCGUUCAUAAAAGGGAAAAGAGUUGUGGGAAGGCUGCUUCACUGCUGAUGGACACAUAGGAACUGCUGUGUGUGUCUACAGUUCCUCUCCUACGUGGGCCGAUCACGAUGAAGAGUGAGGUCCCGUCUGACGCACGCCGCAAACAGGAGACCCUGAAGGGGCCUCUGGGAAACCCCGAGCCCAUGGAGACGGCCAAGAGCUAUCCAGCUGAGGUGGAAGUGAUUGGCAAGGCGGGCAGCGAGUUCGCCCCGCUGUGCGCUGACGCUCGUCACCGGCCCCUGCGAGAGACGGGCCGCAGAGACUCAGACAGAGGCCUGGCGAGCCGCAAGAAGCGCAAGAGCCAACAGGCGGGGCCAUCGGACUGCUCCUUCAAGGAAGGGCGUGUCGGUGAGACCGCGCUUGCGCCUCCGCGCCACAGGGCGGCGCUGCUGGAGCCGCGGAGCGAGGACGAACGGCAGCCCGAGUCCUCCUUCAGUGACUGUGCCUCCUCGCCCUCCUCAAGCUUGCGCUUCGGUGAUUCAGACACCCUCAGCUCGGAGGAGGACAGGGGCCUGGCGGUGGGACCAGCGACCGGGCGGCAGCCGCCGCUGACCCACGUGAGGGCGUCGGCCCCAGCCUCGGCUGGGUCUGCUGGUGCCGGCACAGGCCCGGCUAUGGGCAUCCGGCCCCUGCUCAGCCGGCCCCGCGCCGGCCGCUCGCACAAGUGGGCGCGGCUGGAGCCAGAGGCCAGCCACGUGAAGCGGCCGUGCCUGGGCCCGCGUCGGGCACUGAGCCGGAAGCGCUUCGCCAAGGGCGGGGCGGGGGGCGGAGCUCCACGCACCCCGAAGCAGAAGGAGCGCCUGCUGCUUCAGAGAAAGAAGAGGGAGGUGAUCGCGCGCAGGAAAUACGCGCUCCUGCACAGCACAAGCAGCUCCAGCGAGGAGCUCACCUCCGACUCCUCCUCGUCCUCUUCCACGGAGGGGGAGGAUGAGCUCUAUGUGGGCGUGAGCAGCAGCGGCGGGAGUCAAGCAAGUGGCAAUGCCGUGGCCUCAGGUGUGUUGGAUGAAGACGUGGUGGUGAUCGAGGCCACGCCUGCGCCUCCUGUCCCAGCCAAUGAGGAGAUCAACGUCACCUCGACAGACAGCGAGGUGGAGAUCGUGGGGGAUGCCUUCAGGCCGCGGUCAGUGGGGGGUCAUGGUAGGAUGCACUGGGGCCCGAGCUGCUCUCAGAGUCGGGCUCAGGAGGGCCGAGGGCGCCACCGCCUGUCCACUGUCAUCCAGCCCCUCAGGCAGAGCGCCGGCGAGGUGGUGGACCUCACCGUGGACGAAGAUGAUCUCUCAGUUGUGCCAACCACUUCAGACAGCGUUCACUCGCAGCCUGCCAGCUCUUCAUCCUCCUCUUCCUCGUCUCUCCACGCCUCUACCUCAGACGCGGCCCAUGAGCCCCCGGGGCCGUCCGCCAGCUGCCCCGCCAUGGUGGCCGACCGUAUGCUGGAAGCUCACUCCCACGCUGGGGUCCCGGGGCCCAGCACCACCGCCACUGCCGCAGAGGACGGGAGGAGGGGACCGUUAGGCGACAACGGAGGAGUAGCGAUGCCCAGGCUGCCGUCCUGCUGCCCACAGCACUCGCCCUGUGGCGGGCCCUCCUCGGGUCACGUGACCCUCGGCCACGCCCACCUGGGGUGCAUGCAGGCGGGGCCGGCGCAGCCGCCCGGCCCGCAGCAGCCCACCACCUCCCAGCACGCCCACGGCCACUCGCACCACUUCCACCACCACCACCACCACCACGCAGGCCCCGCCCCCUCCUCGCUGGCCUUCCCCGAGCCCAGCUGCCCGUUGGAGAGGCCCACCGCUGUGACGGCCCCCUGUGGCGCAGUGGGCGGCAGCGGCCAAUACCACGACCAGCAGACUCUGCCUGUGGAUCUCAGUAGCAGUGCUGUGCGGAGCGGCGGCUCCAGCAGCGCGACCUUCGGCGGCGCCUCCGCCUUCGACCCGUGCUGUCCAGGCUCCACCUCGCGUCCUCCGGCCUACGUUUCCCAGGCUGCACCGGGGCCCAGCCAGCCCAACGUGGUGGAGUCGUUCAGCCCGGCCAUGGUGGCCCAGCCGCAGCCCCAGCCUCAGCUCUCGUCCUGCAGGCACUACAUGCAUCCUUCCUACGGCCCCCUGGCACGUUCCUUGCACCACCAGUCCUCCUCAUCCUGCCCCCACACGCAUGCCAGUGCCCCGCCCCCUCCUCAGCCCCCACCGCAGGGCGACUACGUCAUCCCCCACCCUGUGCUCCCCUUCCACGCACCUCUGCCCUCCCACGGGCCCGCCCACGCCGUGCCGCCCGCCCCGCCCCCUCCUCUCCAGCCCCAUCACCUCUCGGGUUCCGGUGCCCCGCUACCCCAGCACCUGGCCCCCGAGCACCAGGCCCUGCCGCACCACCUGCCUGUGCUGGGCCCCAACCCUGUACAGAGGCUCCAUCAGCACGAGAUCCUGCAGCGGAUAGAGGUGCAGAGACGCAGGAUGAUGCAGCACCCGACCCGAGCACAUGAAAGGCCCCCCCCACACCCGCACAGAAUGCACCCCAACUACGGCCAUGGACACCACAUCCACGUGCCACAGACCAUGUCGUCACACCCCCGCCAGACCGACCAGAGGACCACGUGGGAGCUGGGCAUAGAGGCGGGCGUGACCGUAGCCCCGUACCCUUCAGGACAUCUACACACCCAUCUUCCCCACUACCAUCCCCCGCCCAGACUGCACCACUUCCCCAUCCAGCUGAUGCACACUGGCAUGCCUGAAGUCACCUAUCCGCACAUUCGCUACAUCUCAUCCAGAAUGACUGGAUUUGGCCGAACCUAUGAGGAUCUGCUGCAUUUAGAGGAACGUCUGGGGACUGUGAAUCGAGGGGCCUCUCAGGGAACUAUAGAGAGGUGCACUUACCCGCACAAGUACAAGAAGAGAAAGCUGCACAGUAAGCAGGAUGAGGAGGAGGGGGCAGAGGAAGACACUGAGGAGAAAUGCACCAUCUGUCUGUCAAUACUGGAGGAAGGGGAGGAUGUCCGACGCCUGCCUUGUAUGCACCUCUUCCAUCAGCUGUGUGUGGACCAGUGGCUCCUCACUAACAAAAAGUGCCCCAUCUGCAGAGUGGACAUAGAGGCCCAGUUAUCCUCUGAAAGUUGAUGCUGUUUUUCUAUGACCUUUUUUGGGGGGUGGUUGUUGUAUCUGGGGUUUUUUUUUUCUUUGCAUUGUUUUCUUUUUUCCCUUCAGUAACACAUUCAACCAAAGAUGGCAUGAAUUUACCUGUGCAGAUCCAAUACUGAAAAAAAGAGAGAGAGAAAAAAAACUUGCGCAAAGAGUGCCAGCUGUCAUAUAGUACCAAUACUGCAAGACUACAUCUCCAUUAAGAGUUUUCAAUUUUAUGGUAUUUAUAAAGCUUUUAUGUAGCUUUUAAUUGUUUUCACAGGUGUCAGUAUAUUAUGUGUUCUUUGUCGUUUUUGUUUUGGGUUUUUUGUUUUGUUUUGCAUGGAUCCUUGCAAUGCAUUUCUUUGCACAUAUAAAUGAUACAGAGCUAGCAGGCUCUAUGGACUUGCGGGCAAGAGUAGCUGCUCUAGUAAAGAAGCAUUUUUAUGUACCUAAUGCCUUGCUUUACUGGAAUAGAAUGUCAACCUCCAUUUUAAAACAUUGCAGGACUAAUUUUAUGGAUUGGUAUAUUGAUUAGUUUUAUGUUUUAGACAAUGUGAUCUGAUUUUUGUUUUUUUGUUUUUUAAAGUGAAUCAAGACAUUCCUUAAUUAGGAAAUAAGAUCAUGCUUAACAGAUGGGCUGCUGUAUCAGUGUUCACCCACCCCCAGCGUUCUCCUCCACCGAGGAACCUCCUCUCACCUUACAGGAUAAGCUUGUGUCCUGCAUAUUCCUCCACACCCUUGGAUUUGACUACACAUCCCCCACACUUUAUGUAGUGUGUUUCUAAAGACCAAAAAACAAAAAAAACAAAAAAAAAAAUCCUGACUGUCACCUCUUUGUUCUGUUUGUCUUUGUGGUCAUGAUAUGUGAUGUUUGAUGAGGGCAGUGUUGGACUGUGCUUCCUCAGUAAACCCUGUCACACCUGGUCAAGUGGGAUCUUGGGCACGUAAGCACAGCGGCCACAAGCCUGGAGGAAUUGAGAAAACGGAGUAUUGAUUAUCAUGGAUUCCUGGACACCCUUGUCUCUCUGCACAUCUCUGAAAUGGACUUUUCCAGACUGAUUUUCUGUGUUUAGAUAUGGUCAUUACAUACACAUACUCUGUCAUGAGUGCAUUCUCUCUCUCUCUCUCUCUCUCUCUCUCUCUCUCUCUCUAGCUGUGCAGCAAACUUAUUUGUUUAUUUUUCUUUUAUUUUCUUUUUUUUGCUGCUGUAAAAGCCUAACACUAAUAUUAUUCUCAACUAGCUAACUUGCAUAUACUUGCACAUGAAAGACAAAAGACAGGAGUGCUUUGAGAAUGAAAGUGCGCUGAGGCCGUGUAUUUCCUCUCUGUUUGCUGAAUUUUUGGGGGAAAAAACUGUAAUAAUUUUGAAUGGAGUGUUGGAAUGCAGUACUUAAUGGCAGGUAUCCAUGCGUUCAUAGACUUAAUGGUCCCAGGAUGAUACUCCAAGGGAUUUACAUUAGUUUUAAAAUAAUAUUAAUAAAGUUAGGUAACACUU